CCAAAACCCAAAGUCAAGGGGAACAUCUAUCCGCAAAGUCUAGACUCUCACCUCCUUCGCACGCUUUCAUUACAAACGAAGCUCUCACCUGCAUUACACCCACAUCGAACCAUCUCCUACGAUCUUGCCAUGACGGAAAACUUCGUCCCCCCAGCCCAGCAGCGCAACCUCCGCGCCUGCAUGGUCUGCUCCAUCGUCAUGACACAGAACCGAUUCGUCAAAGAAGGCUGCCCUAACUGCGAAGAAUUCCUGCAUCUUGAAGGCAGCAUGGACGCCAUCAUCGACUGCACAUCCCAAGUCUUCGAAGGGCUGAUCGCUCUGGCAGAUCCGAGUAAGAGCUGGGUAGCAAAAUGGCAGCGGUUAGAUGGAUAUGUGAAGGGUGUGUAUGCGACGAAGGUCAGUGGGCAGCUGCCGGAUGAAGUUGUGGCGGUUAUGGAGGAUGAGGCGAGGAUUAAGUAUAUUCCACGUGACGGAAGUGCUACGGAAGCGGAUUGAGAGGUUUACGGGGUCAUAAUGGGAG